AUGGACGCUGCUGGUGCUGCUAUGGACGCUGGCCGGGGGCCCCCCGUGGAAGUUUCUGUGCUGCACAGCCAGCUGCCUUCAGGUGCUGCUGCUCCUGCGUGGCUUGCUGCUGCGCUGCAGCUGCUGCAGCUGCAGCCGCAGGUGCCGCCGCCGCAUGGAGAAGCGGGGGCCCAGCAGCAGGAGCACCCGCAGCCGCAGCCGCAGCCGCAGCCGCAGCAGCAGCAGGAGGGAGCGGAAGACGCCCCGCAGCAGCAGCAGCAGCAGCAGCAGCAGCAGCAGCAGCAGCAUGACCCGGGUGUCGGUACACCUCGACCCGGGGGGCCCCCAAGACACGUUUGCUGUUGCUGCUCGUGCUGCUGUUGCUGCUGCUUCUCCCCUGGGGCCCCACACCCCGCUGCGGGUCUUGGGGGCCUCCUUCGUGCUGCAGCUGCGGACGGCCGAGGGCCGUUUGCUGGGCCGCGUGACCUCCGCGCCCCCCGCUGCUGCUGCUGCAGCACCCGGGAGGCGGUGGAGGGCCUCUCGCUGAGCGUGCCGCUGCCAGCACUUUCGCAGUUGGCAGCAGCAGUUAAAAGUGUCUCCUUGGAGACACUUGAGGUGGACUGGGGUUUGGCCACGGACUCCAAAGUCCCUCUUUUAGGGUUUACGCAGGUGCUGCUGCUGAACCCUCUCGGGCCCCGCGUGCUGCUGCAGCUGCGCUCCCUGUCUCUUGCUGCAUCUCUCGCGGCUUUGCUGCCCGCAGAGGCCCCCCUCGUGCCCACUCCGGGGGCCCCCGGGGGCCCCCCGGGGGCCCCCGUGGAAACCUCCCCCGACGGCCUCACCCGACUUCUCGUCGAAAUGAAUGUCGAAGCAAAAGUGCAGCUCGAAGACGGAGGGAGGCCCCUAAGCGAGUGGCAAUCUGUCUCCUUGGGGCCUGCUGCAGCAGCAGCAGCAACAGCAGCAGCAGCAGCAGCAGCAGCAGCGCCGCGGGGGCUGGACCCCCAACUAGGGACUCUGCGGAUCCUGGGAGUGUCUCCUUUGGGGGGCCUCGACUUGGAAGGAGAAGCUUCUUUUGUGUCUCCUGUGCCGGUGAGCAUUUUGCUGCCGCCGCUGCUGCUGCGGGUCUUUUACAGCAGCAGCACACUUGCGCUGCUGCAGACGCAGCCCUUUUUGCUGCAGCCCCACCCCGCACGAACUGCUGCUGCUUUCCGCGGCCGUUUGCUGCAGCAGCAGACGCAGCAGGGACUCGAAGACCUCAGCAGCCUCGCAGCAGCAGCAAUGCGCGGCUUCGUCCUCGGCGACGCAGCAGCAGCAGCAGGUGACCAGCAGCAGCAGCAGCAGCAGCAGCAGGAGGGGCCCGAGGUGCAGGUGGAGGCCUCUGUGGGGCCCCACUCGGGGGCCCCCCUGUGGCUGCAGCAGGCCUUCGAGGGGGUACAGUUCAGGGCCCCCCUUUCGGUGCAGCAGCUGCUGCCGCAGCAGCUGGUGCAGCAGGUGGCAGUUGGGGUUUUGCAGGGGCCCCCCUGGGGGGCCCCCGGAGGGUACCUGGGGCCCCUGGGGGAGCUUCCGGGAGUGGAGGAAGACGCGAGCUGGGUGGCAGUGGGGGCCCCCCUGAAGACGGAGUUGGCGGUGGCGGAGGGGGCGGAGGGGCCCCUGCGUGUGGGGCGUUUUGCUGCUGCGUUUGUGGCGCAGGAGAAGGUGCUGCUGCUGCUGCAGGGAGCAGCAGCAGCAACUCUGGAAAGCCCCUUCGGGCCCCUUUUUCUCUCCCAAGUCCCCCUCAACUGUCUCCUCGAAGUCCCCGGCUUGGGGGCCCUUCAAGAAGUAGCAUUUGAGGCCUUUGAGGUGGAGGGUGUGGGGUCUGUGCUGCAGCGC